GGUUGCCUUCCAUUUGCUGCUUUGAAUGGAAAGGACGGCGAGGCGAUUCUUUGAAGUAGAUCCUGAGUUUUUUCACGGCUUGCGAGAUAUACAUUUGGGAUUGGCAGGCGAAGAGUUACUUCAGACUCACCCCGCGUCUUUUGCAUUGAAGGAAGUUUUAUUUGCACGGAAGGAAAGCAGAUGCGAGCCAAACCGGGAGUCUACUCUCUGAGUUGAGCUGGCAGUCCAAAGGCGCUGUUAAAGGGACGCGCCUGUGUGGCUAUAUAAGAAUUUUCCAACGAAACGAAGGAGAGCGAGAUACUGCGCUGGCUUUUCGGCAAGAUGUGGAGUAGGAGGUGACAUGGCGAAAUGGCUACCCGAGUGAGGUUCUGCUGCUUAUUGCCCCACUCCUUGCAGCAGAGGCUUUCUUACGCUGAGCCUGCAUUGUACCUAAUAUUUGAGAAAGAAAGUUGGAGAAAUAUCACUGAAACCUUGGGAGAAUAUUGUACAGAAAAGAAAAACAGUGGUGGGCUUUCCUUUUGUAAAAUAAACUUAACUGCUUGGCAGCAGUUUUUCUCACUGAUUCCAUCUUAACAGAGCUUCCUUAAGGUACUUCUCUCCUGCUUCCAUCACAGUUGGACAAUUUGCUUGCUCACAGUGCACCUUACCCAGCAAUCAAGAUGAUGCAGAUCUGUGACUCUUACAGCCAAAAACAUUCCCUCUUCAAUGCAAUGAACCGCUUUAUUGGAGCUGUUAACAACAUGGACCAAACAGUGAUGGUGCCCAGUCUUCUUCGGGAUGUGCCUCUCAUGCUGGAUGAACUGGAUUCAGGGGGUGGUUGUGGAGAAAGGGAGCCCCAGUUGACCCCCAAUGGCAGUACUUACUGUUCUUGCAGAGAUAUGUAUAGUCACUAUAUGUUGCUCAAAUCCAUUCGCAAUGACAUUGAAUGGGGUGUAUUGCAGCAGGCAAAUGAGGAAACCACUGGAAGGAAGAAGGAUAAGCUGAAUGGGAGCUCUGGUGCCAUGGACAUAAGCCGAGGAAUCCCUGAAGAUGAUGAGGUGGAGGAGGAUUUAGAGAAGCAAUUUCAUUAUCACCUGAGUGGGCUUCACACUGUGCUCUCCAAACUUACGCGCAAGGCCAAUGUACUUACCAACCGCUACAAGCAGGAGAUUGGAGUCAACAACUGGGGGCACUGAAUUGGGGAGGGGGAAAGCACUGCCUGCCUGUUCUGGUGACAAGUAAAAAAUAAAAACAAAUGGGGGAAAUAGGUAUUUGGAAAGGGCUAAGGAAGAAUGCAACCAAGAAUAGUGUAUGUGUAAGAGAGAGUGGGAGAUUUAAAAAUUAGAGUACAUCAAGAUCAUUAGUAAGUGUAGAGUACAGUAUAAAUUUUGUGUCUUGGAGAGAAGAAUACAAAGAUAAAGUGAAUACAAGAAUACAAAGAUAAAGUGAAAAUUUUAGAAUUUUACUGUUGACUACUAUAACCUUUUAGGGAAGCGAGGUGAUAAAUUUCUGCCUCAACUAGCAGGCAUAACUAGGCAGCCAAGUAUAAAGUUUCCAGAUUCUGAGGACUCUGAAUGAUGUAUAAUGGCCCUGGCCAAUUACUGAAAGAGUUUGUUGUAAUUCUUGGGAAACUGCACAAGUGCAUGUGAUGGUGGCAAUUGUAGAGAUGAUUGUAUCACUUCUUUCCUGAUUUUGCACUAAUUUUGUAACAUAAGUAUAUAUGUGUGUGGAUGUAUGUAAGAACCUAUGAAUUCUCUGCAUGCUAUAAGAAUUGUAGACAUCUUACUUUUUAUCAACGCACAAAAAUUAUAUUAACACUAGUUAAACAUGUUUUUAAAUAUACAGGGUGAACAGUUAUUGUUCAUCUUUAUAUAAAACACUUAUCUUUCCUUAUUGCAUAGAAUUGGUUAAAAUGAAACUGCAAGUAUGCUACUUAAAUUAUUUUUGCAGUGGAUAGAACCAGUUAAUGUCCACACAUAUUUCACUGGAAAGAUAGGGUCCCAUUAUUGUACAUGUAUUGAAAUUAUUUAAACUUUUUUAUUCAGAUGUGGAAUAUAUUCUAAAAUUAGAUAUAUUGACUAAAGUUGAUGUAUGUUUGUAUACUAUGGCUCCACUUGAAUUAAAUGCUAAUGUUUACAAUACAGGAACUCUAGGUAUUCUUUACAAGAGAAAUUACUCUUUAAAUUGUUUUAAUCAAUUUAUUUAAAUUCAUUGUAGGAGCAGUAUUCUCUGUUCACAGCUCUUAUUCCAUGGAGCAGAUGAUCCAUGGAAUUGCAUUAUAUUCCAAAUUAAUUUAUGUAUAUGCUGACUUUCUUUGAUUAAAUUCAAAGCAAUGCAAAUAGUAUUUCUCAGGGCAUUUUCUAUCCGAGCAUUACAUUUUCAGCCACAAAGUGGCUGUAUUGUGUGUCUUCCACCCAUCCUCUCUUCUGUAUCAGACCACUUCUUAAAAACUCAUUUAUGUCCAAGAAAUUAUCUGUUUAUUGGUGCUGUUGACUUUUUUUUAAGGUAAACACUCAACUCCUGUUUCUUGAUGUAAUAUGAAAGUGGCUUGUCAGUAUCUUAUUUUAAGAUGUUUUUCAAUCUAUCUAAUCAGUCCUACACACUUGAAAUUUAUUCCUGGUUUUCUAUCUGCAUACUAGAUAGAUUCAACCUUACUUAGGUUUUUGAGCACAGGCAAAGUAGGUCAGAUACUGUAAUUUGUAAAUGAAUAUCCAUUUUGUAGUAAAUCAAAACAAGAUUAAAAUUAUUCACCUUCAAGAUAUACAAGAUUAUCUUUCCAUAUAACAUCGUUUUCCAUAUAGUAUAUACUCAAAAUUUGGUUAUUUAAAAAGGUAUCCAUCUUACUAAUACAUAAUCAAAUUUAUAUUGCUAAAAUCAUGCUUGCUAUAAACAUUGUAGGUUUAUCAGAUGUAAUUUAUUUUACAAUCAAUAAAAUUCUUUGAGUUUAAAUUAAGAUUUUGAAUAUUAUCUCUGAAAUAAUUAUAAUACUGAAAGAAUAGGCAUAGUUAUUUUUCCUUCUGUCUAGACUUAUAACCAAUUCAGAGUAAUUAUAUUAAGAUCCUGACUAAUCCUUAAUCAUUUUAUAUCUUCUUUAUACAAUAGGCUUAUUGAUAGGUCCUUUCAAGGCUAUCUUUAAAUUGUGAUUUUUAAAUCAUUCAGUGUUAAAAUGUAGAGAGAUAGAAGAUGCAGUUAUAACUUUUAACUUGUUUAAAAUGCGGUACUAUUCCAUAUGUACUGCCCUGGAUUACAUUAUGGUUCAAUGGCAGCGAAAAGAUAAAGGAUAAAAUCUGCCUAAAACUAAGCAAGAAGUUUUCCCAUCUUUGGGGAAAUUUUUUUUUAAAGAGUAUUUCUAGAUUACUUUAAAAAUAAAAUGGCAUAAAAUGAAAUUCAGAUUUCCUGUAAACAUUUAAAAAAUCUACAGCUAAAAUAAAUUGAAUGAACCACUAAGCCCAUUUGACUUACAGCAGGGGUGUCACGGCAGCAUCAUGUGACCUGUCGGGACUUUUUCCCCCUUUGUUAAACUGGGCAUGGGCUUGGUCAGCACAUGACAAUUCCAGCCCGCAGAUCGCGAGUUUGACAGCCCUGAUUUACAGGAUACUUUCCCACAGAACUAAACAAGGUUUGCAUUCAUUUUGUUAUUUUUUACACUAUUGUAUCCUAGAGCAAACAGAUGAGAGUUUUCAGGAUUCUAAUAUAUAUGUCACUAGCAUCAGAAUACUGUUGUCCUGUUUAUGGAGCAUGUGGAAUAAAACAGUUAUGUCAUCAAUCCAAAUCCUUAAAUGUCUUAGACAAAGCUUUUUUAUGCUAAGUAAUAUCUAUUUGGGAUAUUUAUAAAAUUAAUCCCUUUUCAUAGUCCACAAAAGAACCCCAAGCAAACAUGCAUAACGUUGCAUGUAUGCAACAAUAUUAUAAAAUUAAUAAAAUAUAUAACUUAACAGAUUUUUUAAAUAGAAGGACCAUAACUGGUGACAUGAUGGCUUUCCAUGAAAAACAUCCUUGAACCUGCAAUUUUGUACUCAGAUUUUGAGCAGUACUAUUAAACUCAGUGACAUUAUUUUUAAGUUGGCAUGAUCAUGUUACAAGUCUUGCCCUAAAACCCCCCAGCAUUAUUCCAUUCUUUAAAAAACAAAUAAUAUAAGAAAUAGAUUAAUACAUUCUGAAAGUUAAACUUUAAAUAAUUGAGGGGAACUCAUAUUUGCUCUUGUAUUUGAGGCAUCCUUGAAGAAUUGUGCUAUAGGACAGUAAUUCUUUAAAACUACUGCUGAAGUGUAAUCCAUUUUAAUUUUUCUAUGAUACCCUGGCCAUUAUGUAAGUAUUUUUACUGGUCAUUAUUUUGUGAUACAUUGCAUUGGACAAAACUCCAUUAAAUAUUCCAAGUACUGGUAAAAUGGUAGUUCAUAACCAUUCCUUACCCAAGAUAAGCUGUUCCCAUAGGGGAAACUCCAAUAUAGGAGUAAGUUAUGAAUGUGCUUUAUUAUAUAUGUAGUACAUUAUAGCAACAUAUGAAACGCCUUAUGACAAAAUCUUGUCUAUUUUGGUUGUUUAUGGCUUUUAACAUGUCACAAACAAGUUUGAUAUGCCACUAAUAUAAAAUAUAGCGUGUGUGAUAUCAUCACUGGGCUAUGCUAGGUCUCUGUCUCAAAUUACCCUCCUUGAAAAAUAUUAAAGAUGUGUAGGCUGAGACAACUUCACAAUUUCAGUUCCAGGUCUUGGAAUUAUUUUUUUAAUCUGCAUAUAAAAAUAACAGCAUUAAUUGAAGUCAGGUAACCAUUUCAAAACAAACUACCAAUCCCUAUUCACUAUCAUAAGGGUAAGUACAGCUGGAUUUUUAAUUAACCAUGCAUAUAUAAGCAUUCCUAAUCUGUGAAUCUGGCAUAUAUAGAAGGCCGCCUGAAUGUUCUCUGAUUUGAUUGAAGAGUCUUACAUGUUUCUGCUGCUAAAUUACUUUCAUUUGUAACACACUUCAACCUAUUUCCCUGGCUGCUAAUCUGAUAAUAAUGAUGUUAUCCAAAUAAACUGUUUCUCUGUCA